CGAGUGACGAAGGGCACAACUUGUUCGUCUUCUAUGUGCAGCUCACAGAUUUUUUAGAGCUGCUUAAAACACAAACGAAGAAGCCUGCAAUACCCCUUUGGAUUCAUCAAAUAAGAAACAAGAAAGAGCUAAGGGCAACAACAGUUUACACAUCAAUGGCUACAACUGCAGAAGUCUUUUUAUCUCUCUUUCUUGGGAGCUUCACUUUCUUGUUCUUGUACUUCUACAAUCUCUUCUGGUGGAAGCCGCUGCGGCUUAGAAAGAAGCUGCAGCAUCAGGGAAUCGAUGGCCCUGCGCCGUCCUUCUUCUUCGGCAACAUCCCGGAUAUCAAGAAGAUUCGACUGGAAACUCAAGCCACAAAGAAUCAAGAAAGCAUCGGCAAUCGCGUUUCACAUGAUUACCUGUCGCGCCUGUUUCCCCACAUAGAGAAGUGGAGAGCCGACUAUGGUCCGGUGUUUGCAUUCACACUGGGGAACAUGGUGACCGUAUGCAUAUGCGACUUUGACGUAGCGAGAGAGUUCUGUCAAUGCAAGUCUGCUGAAUUCGGAAGGGCUGCGUAUCUGAGAAAAAACAGGGGAAUUGUGUUGGGUUAUGACAGCCUCAUCACUUCGAAAGGGAAAUCCUGGACACUCCAGAGGAAAGUCAUCUCGCCCGAAUUCUUCAAUGACAAAAUAAAGGGAAUGGUGGGCAUGAUGGUUGAAUCUUCCGUCUCCAUGUUGGAAAAAUGGGGAUCUCAAAUGGAGGAAGCAGGGGGAGCUGCUUCAGUACGGAUCGACGAGGAUUUAAAAAGCCUCUCUGCCGAAAUGAUUUCAAAAGCAUGUUUUGGGAACAAUUAUGUUAUUGGGAACGAGAUUUUUACCAAAAUGUUAGUGCUUCAGGAUUUGAUAAGCAAGCAGCAAGCUAUUGUUGGUCUUCCCGGGGUAAGGCACCUUCCUAUGAAGAUUGCUCGUGACAUUUGGAGGACAGGAAAAGAAGUCGACCGAUCUAUUCUGAAGCUGAUGGACGAUGAUCACAACGCCGGCGGGCAGAGCUUCUUACAGGCCUUAGUCAACAAUUUUGGCCGUGGAUCGAGCGUCAUUGUAGAUAAUUGCAAGGCUAUGUUCUUGGCGGGAUAUGAAACUACUGCCACUGCCACCACCUUCGCUUUAGUACUUUUAGCACACCAUCCUGAGUGGCAGGAGCGUGUGCGUGCCGAGGCAGUAGAGAUCCUUGGAAAUCAAGCCCCGAAUAUGGAGAAGCUGCACAAAAUGAAAUUGUUAAAUAUGGUGAUUUACGAAACAUUGCGCCUGUAUUCUCCUGGACCAUUCGUGACGAGAGAAACGUCCGAGGAAAUGAAGUUUGGUGACUUUGCGAUUCCGAAAGGCGUCAACGUCUACCUCCCCUCCUCGCUGUUGCAUCAGGACCCGGCCAACUGGGGCGACGAUGCCCACAAGUUCCAUCCAGAAAGGUUUGCGAACGGCAUAUCUUCGGCGUGCAAGGUCCCGUAUCUGUUCGUGCCUUUUGGGACGGGGAUACGAACCUGCGUUGGCCAGAACUUCGCCUUAACAGAACUAAAGAUAGUUCUGUCUCUCCUGCUGUCCAAGUUCAUUUUCUCUUUAUCCCCGGAAUACAAACACUCGGUGACGUAUAAGCUGUUUUUUGAGCCCGAACAUGGGGCACAAUUGAACAUGGAGAAGAUCUGAAAUUGUCGCUCUUCAAGUAUGAACAGUCUGUCGCAUUGGAAGCUGUACCGUGAAGAGGUAUAGUGAUGAAAUUGUACUGCAUAUCUUGUGUUGGACAUUUCUGAACUAGGAACUUCAGGCCUCCUAUUACCUUGAAUUCUGCACGUCUUACUGCUUAAUGUUCAAUUAUGAAUGUAGUGGACAAAGCCACGGACAAACUGCAGUCGAGAUCUCCUGAUGAGGGAUAAUUGUUCAGAUGUGCAGAUUUGUUUCAUACAGUGAUUACAACCCUGGCUGUUCAUUAA